CGGGGUCCUGGGCCGCUAAGAUGGCGUUGGCUACGGCAGCUGCAGUGGCAGCUGCUGCCGGGCCCGGGAACUUGGGGACGGGGGCCGAGUAGCGCCUUCCCCGGGCCCCGUGAACCGGCCGCGGGGCACCUGGCGGGGCAGCGUCCGCAGCUCCCCACCUGGGCCCUCGGUCUGCCCUCCCGGCGCGUCCAUGAACUCGGUGUCGCCGGCCGCCGCGCAGUACCGGAGCAGCAGCCCGGAGGACGCGCGCCGCCGGCCGGAGGCCCGCAGGCCGCGGGGUUCCCGAGGCCCAGACCCCAACGGCCUGGGGCCCUCCGGAGCCAGCGGCCCAGCUCUUGGCUCUCCCGGGGCUGGCUCGAGUGAGCCGGACGAAGUGGACAAGUUCAAAGCCAAGUUCCUGACAGCCUGGAACAACGUGAAGUAUGAUGGGGGAAUGGAAUAGCUGUUGCUGUCAUGCGAGUGCUUCAUCUCGCUGGGCGCUGCCCCCACGUCUCCCCAGGUUGGGCAGUUAAAAGCCGGACCAGCUUUAGCAAGAUCUCCAGCAUCCACCUCUGUGGCCGCCGCUACCGUUUCGAGGGCGAGGGUGAUAUCCAGCGUUUCCAGCGUGACUUUGUGUCCCGCCUGUGGCUCACAUACCGCCGGGACUUCCCGCCCCUUCCUGGGGGCUGCCUGACCUCGGACUGUGGCUGGGGGUGCAUGUUACGCAGCGGCCAGAUGAUGCUGGCACAGGGCCUACUGCUGCAUUUCCUGCCUAGAGACUGGACAUGGGCCGAGGGCACAGGCCUGGGCCCCCCUCAACUGUCAGGGCCAGCCUCUCCCAGCCAGUACCAUGGCCCUACCCGCUGGAUGCCCCCAUGCUGGGCCCAGGGUGCCCCUGAGCUGGAGCAGGAACGCCGGCACCGGCAGAUUGUGUCCUGGUUCGCCGACCACCCCCAGGCCCCAUUUGGCCUACACCGGCUGGUGGAGCUGGGGCAGAGUUCAGGCAAGAAGGCAGGUGACUGGUAUGGGCCAUCGCUGGUGGCACACAUCCUCAGGAAAGCCGUGGAGAGCUCCUCCGAGGUCACCCGCCUGGUGGUGUAUGUUUCUCAGGACUGCACAGUGUACAAGGCAGAUGUGGCACGCCUGGUGGCCAGGCCAGACCCCACAGCCGAGUGGAAGUCUGUGGUCAUCCUGGUGCCCGUGCGACUGGGUGGCGAGACUCUCAACCCCGUGUAUGUGCCCUGCGUGAAGGAACUCCUACGUUGUGAGCUGUGCCUGGGUAUCAUGGGCGGGAAACCGCGGCACUCGCUGUACUUCAUUGGCUACCAAGGUAGGCCCGACCCCUCCUCAAUCCCCAACCCUCACCCCAUCCCCACUCACACCUGCGCCCCUGCAGAUGACUUCCUGCUGUACCUGGACCCUCACUACUGCCAGCCCACUGUGGACGUCAGCCAGGCCAACUUUCCACUGGAGUCCUUCCACUGCACCUCGCCCCGCAAGAUGGCCUUCGCCAAGAUGGACCCAAGCUGUACUGUGGGCUUCUACGCUGGAGACAGGAAGGAGUUUGAGACACUUUGCUCAGAGUUGACCAGGGUCCUCAGCUCCUCCUCGGCCACGGAGCGGUACCCCAUGUUCACUCUGGCCGAGGGCCACGCUCAGGACCACAGCCUGGAUGACCUCUGCUCCCAGCUCUCCCAGCCCACACUCCGGCUCCCUCGCACAGGGCGGCUCCUCAGAGCCAAACGGCCCAGCUCCGAGGACUUUGUGUUUUUAUAAAGGGAGGGGAUGGGGGAAAAGAUGCAACACUAUUUAUUUUUUUAUUUAUGUCAUGUCAGGAUCUUGAGCUCCGGCAACGAUGGUACUUCCUGUUCUCACCCCCUAAACAAGCCCAUCUGUGAACAGUCAGGGACAGAGCCCAUGCACCUGUCUCCCACCAGUGGGGCCCUCCUGGCAGGGCAGGGAGGACCCCGGGCACCCCCUCAGGGCCUGACUCAAGUACUGUAGUUUGCACUGGACGCCCGGGCCCUCUCUGUCCCAAAGCCACCGUAGGGAAACUGGCUGCUGGGGGCCAAUAAAGCUGUGUGAC